GGCAGGUGAAAGAAAGUAUGCCAAGGAAACAUAUGUCACUGGUGCCUGGCGCGUCGUUCAUACCAUCUACACAUAUCACCUAAGACCAUCAAAACAUCUAUUGUCUAUAGCCUACUCCAUCAUGAACAAAGGAUGUGAGAUAUCCUGUGUUGUAUGUGCAGUUGAAUUGGAAAUAGAACAUGACUCGCUAUUCAUCUUCCAGGAAUGGCAAGAUUGGAAGGACAAAAAGCCUUCCCUAAAGCUCAAGUCCGCAGAGCUGGAGAAUAUGCAAUUUCGAAUGCCGUGGAUAUGGGGUACAUUAGUUCGAGCCAUUAUUCCGUCCAACCCAAACGCACUUCGAAACGAGAACUUCAGAAGGCAGCGAGUGGAUCUUUCUGGAGUUGGGCAGAGAGGCCACUGGGAUGACUAUGGAAGUCCGUUAGCCGCUCCUUUGGACAAGGAUCUAGCCCAUAUCGGACAGGUCGCUAAGCCGAAGAAAGAGAAGGAACGGAAAACUAGAAAGGAACAGGACUUUGGGAAGUUUUAUCCACCACCCCUGUCUUGUGAACCGGGCGCUAGGCUUUCUUUACCUCUUGCGUACUUCGUUCAUGAGCGUUGCUGGCACUUGGCCCGGCGAGUGAUUGGGGCUACUGAUCUGGAGAAUAACCUUGAUCUUUUUCUGAUGACUGUCCAUCAAACGGUAUGGAAACUCACCAAAGAUGUCCCCUGGGGUGACUCUGAGAGGUAUCUUUGUGAUAAAGUACUCGAGGAGUAUUCAGUGGACGAAUACAUAAAGGACCCUCAGAGGUGCGUACAGGAAUGGAUCAAUAAGUCCUAACUCGGCUGCGAGUAUCCGUCUCUCAUCCAUCGCGAUCCACUGGACAUCCCCGAGCUCGAUGCCCUGAUCACCCUGAUUACCAAAGCAAUCUACCGCCGGCAGGCCCA